CUUAUCCAUCGUUGUGAAACUGACAAAUUAAGCCUAAAAUCCCACCAAUCGUUGAAAGCAGACCACCACUAUAAACUCUUUCACUAUUCUUCUUCAAGUCUCUGCAUAGAUUUCGUUUCAAGCCUCAAUUCUUUUUAAUGAUUUAUGGUUAUAGAAAUUCUAUAACAAGGGGCUAGGAUGGGGUAUAUAGGUGCACAUGGAAUAGCAGCCUUGCACAAAUACAAAUACAGUGGAGAGGAUCACUCUUACCUUGCUAAAUAUGUAUUGCAGCCCUUUUGGAGCCGCCUUGUCAACUUCUUCCCUCUAUGGAUGCCACCAAACAUGAUAACACUUACAGGAUUUAUGUUCUUGGUUAUAUCAGCACUGCUUGCCUAUAUUUAUUCACCUCACUGUGAUUCAGCCCCACCAAGAUGGGUACAUUUUGUUCAUGGAUUACUUCUAUUUUUAUAUCAGACAUUUGAUGCCAUCGAUGGGAAACAAGCCCGAAGAACAAACUCCUCUAGUCCACUUGGAGAACUUUUUGAUCAUGGGUGCGAUGCGCUCGCAUGUGCGCUUGUAAUCAUGGCCGUUGGGAGCACUGCCAUAUGUGAAAGGGACACUUUCUGGUUCUGGGUAAUCUCAGCUAUUCCAUUUUAUGGAGCUACAUGGGAACACUAUUUCACCAAUACGCUUAUCCUUCCUGUAAUUAAUGGGCCUACAGAGGGAAUUGCCCUCAUAAAUACAUGCCACAUUUUUACAGCAAUUGUUGGUGCCCAGUGGUGGGCUCAGAAAUUUGAGAAAUCCAUUCCUUUGUUCAGUUGGGUACCUUUCAUCAAUGAAAUUCCAACAUACAGAGCUACACUGUAUUUGAUGACAGUAUUUGGUGUUAUACCUACCGUAGCUUGCAACAUAGGCAAUGUCCAUAAGGUCAUUCAAGCAAAAAAAGGAAGCAUGUUACUUGCAUUAGCAAUGCUUCACCCUUUUAUAUUACUCAUAGGAGGAGUGCUUGUUUGGGAUUAUCUUUCGCCCUCUGAUAUUAUCAGAAAUCAUCCACAUUUACUUAUACUAGGAGCUGGGCUUGCAUUUGGGUUCCUUGUGGGAAGGAUGAUUUUGGCUCACUUGUGUGAUGAACCCAAGGGAUUGAAAACAAACAUGUGCAUGCCACUCUUGUAUCUUCCUUUGGCAAUUGCAAAUGCUCUUACAGCUAGACGGAAUGAAGGUGUUCCUUUAGUUGAUGAGUUCUGGGUUGUUCUUGGUUACUGUGUAUUCACAGCAUUACUUUACUUGCACUUUGCCAUAAUAGUCACUCAUGAAAUUACAACAGCUUUGGGAAUUUAUUGCUUCAGGAUAUCAAGGAAACAGGCUUGAACCUUGCUAGGGUCUCCUCGGCAUGAAAUCGAGAAGCAUUGGUAUUGCGGGAAAUUCUUAUCUAAUCCGCAGUCAUCUGUUAUACAUAUUUUCUUGAGCUUAGUUUCCACUGAAUAAUUUUAUUGGAAAAUGGAAGCUUAUGAGGACAAAUGACUAAAAUAUAUCAAGUGGUUUGGAGUCAAAAUAGAUAAUAUGUCGUAAAUUGUGUAACAAUGGGAUGAGCUUUAAAUUGCAGUUAUUUGGUGACUAAUAAAGACGAUACCAUAUUUGCAUUGCA